AUGACUGACAACGGGCUCCAACGGUUGAACAAGAAGCGGCUGCUUCUGUUGGCUCCCCCGAAAAGACGGCGUCGUUUGGCCUCACACCUAGCCUUAGCCGGUCUAAGCUUGGUGGACAACAACCACGAGUACGCUACCAUUAACGAUUUACCCGAGGAGAUUCUUUUCAUUGUGUUUCACUACCUCCCCAAAAACUUGGCGUUUACGCUUUUAUACCCACCCGACGAGGUUGAGUCGUUGGCGUUGACAAUCAAACGCCGUACCAUACCCCACUUCACUAAGAGUUGGCUUUUCUCUCAAGUAUUCGUGUGCGACCCUUCGGAUGCGGUAUACAAUUGGCAGAAUGAGUUCCUGAACCAGUGGUUGAUGGUCCCUCAAGCUUUGUUUAUUCGAUUACCCUUUACUGACUUUGACUGGGGGGUCAGAGAUGUUCUUUUCGAGUCACACUACAGUCCUUGGGAGUCGUCUCAGCCCCACGAGUGUGACUUGCAAAGGAACUUCAUCUCCGUCUACUUCCAAAAUUACUCCACUCGCUAUAUGAUCGCACCGGCCAGCGAAUCCCUGCCGUCAAAAUUUUUCUAUCAAUCACCACAUCUUUCUCGACUUAUGCUACCAGAUAUUUGUCCUGCAAUGCAAAAGUAUCGUGGUCGACUCAGAGUCGACAGCCUCCGGCUUGGUGGAUCUCACGAUAAUAUCGAUGGCAUCGUCAACUUGGGUUUGGUGAAGCAGUUAUCGGUGCUUACCGAUUGCGUCGGUGUCUAUAAGCACGCAUCUCAAUUUACGCUGUUGACCGAUUUGUUUAUUCGCUACCAUGAUGGUUCCAAUGAAUUUAUUGCCUUGGCUGAUUCCGUGACGCGCUUGGUAUUAUCAGUGCCUUGUUCCACAAUGUACUAUAGUGAGAUCGCUGCUCUUGCUGCCAACUUCAAAAGGCUUACCUACUGUGAAGUGACGUCUCGUGUGGGCUUCAUUAAUUGGCCGCGAAUUUGGCGUAAACCUGACAGCAACCAAGACACUCGCCGUAAUCAAACCCACCAUAUCGGGGCAUUGGCAUUCAAACAGAUGAACUUUGACAAACUCGAGACAUUAAUGUUGGAUGAUCAUCCUUAUAAAGUUGUUCGAGUUAAUGGUCGGUGGGACUCAUCUGAAGAAGUUACGAACAACAGUGUGCUUGCAGGAAAUACGUGGUGGCCAUCACACUGA